AUAUUGAUAUGUGUGUAGCGUGGGAAGGGCGAGGUCGUUGAACCAACGCCCACAUUCAACGGCGACAAGUCCACUUACGAGCUCUGUUCUACUGUUUUCCUGCUUUUCACGACUCACGGCACGACCAUCCUCAUUUCUCUCCGUCAUCCAGCUAGACGCAUCUCAAGAAUAUUCCCUUCUCGCUUGUUUUCAAUUGUCUGGUCAAUCCCGAAUACCCGAUAUCACUCAUCGACCAUAUAAUAUCUCAUACCACCCAACCAGCACUUGCUUGACACAGAUUUACAUUGCUUUCGAAUGGCACCAGGACAAAAAUCAGGACCAGCGCUUUUUCUUGGACUUGAACUCGCAACCGACCAGCUACGCGCUUCGAUCGUAGACGAGAGCUUGGAACUGGUAGGUGUGGAAUGCGUGGACUUCGACUCGGAGUUGCCAGAAUACCAGACUCAAGGUGGUAUAUUUACUACACCAGGAGAUGCCUACACGACUCCCGUCGAUAUGUGGGUAAAAGCCCUAGACUUUCUGCUAGAAAAACUAGCAAGGAACCACGAUGUGACCAGGAUAAAGGCGAUAGGUGGUUGCGCUCAGUAUGCGGUAGUCUGGUGGAAGUCAACACCAAUACCUUCAUUUCCUGCAUUAGACCCUCGCCUUCCCCUCCACUCGCAACUUCCACCAAACACGUUUUCGUUGGCAAACACUCCCGUUGCACAGGAUACCUCGGCACAUACACAUGCGUUAGCUCUCGAAGCACUUCUUGGAGGUCCUGACCAUAUGGCUACUCGGGUGGGCACCUGUGCCAAUGCGUCCCUCCUUGCCGCUCAACUGCUCCGUGUCCGUGAGUCUUGGACAUCAGACGUGUGGUCCCGCACCGGCAAAAUCCAACUUGCGAGCACGUUUAUUGCCAGUAUGAUUGUUGGAGAGUGGGUCAACGUGGGCGAAGCGGAAGCUUGCGCCACUGGGAUGUGGUCCCAUGUUGCGGGUCAAGUUAGUCAAGGACAUUGGGACGAGGGGGUUCUUGAAAUUAUUGGCGGGAGUCGGGAGGAGGGGCGCAGAAUUCGUGGUUGGCUGGGUGAAGUUGACUUCACGAGUGGAAGAAAAACAGCCAAUUUGUCUCGAUACAUUUGUGAGAGGUAUGGCUUUGAACCUGAUACGAUCGUGACUCCUUUCACCUCCGACUAUCUCUCUGCAUAUUUGUCUAUUUGCCCUUCACCAGGAGAUGCUGUCCUAUCAUUCGGUCCUAUGGAUACCCUCAUGACACCCGCACAACACUAUGUACCGACUCGGCUUUAUUGCCUCUUUCCCCAUCCCGCUCAGGAUCCUAAUGAAAAGCGUAGAUAUAUCGCAAUGCUGACGAGCAGAAAUGCCGACGUUCCUCGUGCUCUUGUACGAGACAUGUACACAAAAAGUUGGAGUGCCUUUGACCGUCUGGUUGCUAUUGUCCCUCCUGGUGGAUCCAUAGGCCUCGAUGACAAGUUGUUCAGUUUCUGGCUCCUACAACCUGACAGCUAUCCCCUUUCACACGUAAAGGGUAUCUAUCGUUUUGAGACGGGUAUAAAAGUAAACGAAUUCCGAGACCUUCGCGCGAAUCCUCGAUGUCUUCUGGAGAGUCAGGUACUCUCUUUCCGCGUCCGGUGGUCACGUAUGGUAUCGACGGGCGUCCUGGGUUCAAACGUCACCCGAAACCGUGGAAACGUCCAAGCUCAAAGUCCCAGUCCCGCAGCUCUUAUUUCCUCGGGUCAGAACACGCGUGCGGCAAGUCUUGGAUUGUCUUUCGACCCAUAUGACUUCUCCCCGUUACCGACGAGGGUUCUUGUCACGGGAGCUGCUGCAAAUUUUCCUUCCGUUGCUAACCUCGUUGGCGACGUAUUCAAUGCAUCGGUGUUUAUGCCGAACACGCAAGUUGACUCUGCGCAAGUUGUGCCACAUCGCAAUGCUCCUGCCGCAGGGUUUCCGUCGCGCGCUUCUCUUGGAGGGGCGUACUUGGCGCGGUGGAUAUGGGGUAAAGAACGCACAUCUGUUGUCGGUGGGUCCAGCGCUGGCCGCGGCCUAGGGGGCUUCGAAGAGGAAAUCCGUAGACUGCAUGGGAAACGUUGGGUGGCCAGUGGGUGUACUUUGCUUCGCACGAACGUGAAUGCUCUUGUGGGCGGAAACCCGGGGAGUGGUGCCAAUAGCGGUACGAGCACUCCUUAUGGAGCCAGAUCUGGACUUGGAUCUACGGAAGAUGAGGAAGAAGAGAUGGAGCGAAGCAGAGGGGGACUGUUGGCACCUGCAUCAGUGUUUGCAGGUGGAUUUGCCGACCGAGACCUUGGGAGGGACAUUGGGCGCGUGAGAACGUUGCCGGGCUCAGUUGAUGCCCUUUCCAGCGGGGGCUCAUCAGGAAUGCAGUCUUCGACCUUCACAGCCUCCGACCUGACUCCAGGUCGAGUGAGCCCUGGGGGAAAUGGUGGCCCCAUUGCUACGUCUGUUCCACAAGCUGCAUCACUGACGCCUGUGACUGCCCUACCUACGUCGGAUGCAGAGGCGCAGAUUGGUUUAGCCAAGGUUGCGGAGGCAGACGUGGACGCAUUCAUGACAUAUGCAGCUAUUGUUCCUGAGUACUGCAGGUUGGAGGGCAUGCUUUGUAAAUCACUUGUAUAGAUUUAUAGUGCCACUGCUCAAAAAAAUGUCGAAACUCCCUAGUUGUUGUAUACAUGUAUAUUUGUAGGAUAACAUCUACACUUUCGGAAUACUUGGACCUGCUCUUGGAC